AUGUAUUAUAAAACUUUACAACUCAACUGGGCCAACCACAACGACAGAGCGCGUUUCGAGGAUGUAUGGCUUUUCAAGAAUCAUCUUUUCUUACAUUUCCAGGCCGAUGUAGACAAGGCGGUGCAGGCGGCACGUAAUGCCUUUAAACUUGGGUCACCAUGGCGACGGAUGGAUGCCUCUAAUCGCGGCCUGCUACUCCACCGAUUGGCCGAUGCCAUUGAGAGGGACGCUGCCUACCUUGCUGAGCUGGAGACCAUCGACAAUGGGAAGCCGUACGCUGUUUCCUACACGGUGGAUCUGCCCAAAGUGGUCAAAUGUUUCAGGUACUACGCUGGCUGGGCUGACAAAUGGGAGGGGAAGACCAUCCCCAUCGAUGGAGACUUUUUCUGCUACACCCGACAUGAACCCAUUGGAGUCUGUGGACAGAUCAUACCGUGGAACUUCCCUCUGCUGAUGCAGGCCUGGAAGCUGGGCCCUGCCCUGGCCACUGGGAACACCGUGGUGAUGAAGGUCGCUGAGCAGACUCCGCUCACAGCUCUCUACGUAGCCAGCCUGAUCAAAGAGGUGGGCUUCCCUGACGGUGUUGUGAACAUCUUGGCAGGUCUGGGGGCGUCAGCUGGGGCUGCCAUCGCUCGGCACAUGGAUGUGGACAAGAUGGCCUUCACUGGAUCCACAGAGGUAGCACCAACUUAAUGUACUGCUGUCGAC